AGCACCCUGUAGCUGAACGGCCAGUCACUCUUUGCCUUUGAAUGACAGGCAUGCCCCCUCUUGAACGCCUCUCCCCGACCCCCGCCCCAAUGAAAAAGGAAACAUGCGCACUUCAGAGCUAGAAGCUGUCCUAGUGCUGAAAUUUAUAGGCUGGGAAACUAGAUUCCUGCCAGGUUUUGAAUCUGGACAAUAGAUAGAUACUUUGUCCUAGCUUCUUUCUGGAAUCAUUUCGGGGAUAUUAUCCACAAGCAUCACAGAAACAGGAAUGAACCGGCAGCUAGUGAACAUUUUGACAGCCUUGUUUGCAUUUUUCUUAGAGACACACCACUUCAGAAACAAGAGAAAUGAAACAUAUAGCAGCAAUGCUAUGAGUACUGGGAAAACCCACUAUGUUCCUUUCAGGUCCAUACCUCUUACUAUGAUUAAGAAAAAUUGUAGGCUGAAUUUUAUUAGAAUCAUCAUCAUCAUCAUCAUCAUCAUCAUCUUCACUUUCACCACCACCACCAUCACCAUCAUAAUCAAAUAGUACUUGAUUAACCAGAUGAUUCUGCGUAUGGGAAUGACGACUUUCUGCAAAGACCAUGACUCCAGGUCUGGAAAACAACCUUCGCAGACUCUAUCUCCUUCAGAUUUCUUGGACAAAUUAAUGGGAAGGACCUCAGGAUACGAUGCAAGAAUCAGACCAAAUUUUAAAGUUUUGGAUCAGUCACAGAAACCACCAUGGAUUACCGAGUGAACAUUUUUCUGAGACAACAGUGGAAUGAUUCACGGUUGGCAUAUAGCGAGUACCCUGAUGAUUCCCUAGACUUGGACCCAUCAAUGCUGGACUCUAUUUGGAAACCAGAUUUGUUCUUUGCCAAUGAGAAGGGUGCCAACUUCCACGAUGUCACCACCGACAACAAAUUGCUUCGGAUUUCAAAAAAUGGCAAAGUGCUUUACAGUAUCAGGCUCACUUUGACCUUAUCCUGUCCCAUGGACUUGAAGAAUUUUCCAAUGGAUGUCCAGACUUGUACAAUGCAGCUGGAAAGUUUUGGAUACACGAUGAAUGACCUGAUAUUUGAGUGGUUAAGUGAUGGUCCAGUUCAAGUUGCUGAAGGAUUGACCCUGCCUCAAUUUAUUUUAAAGGAAGAGAAGGAACUUGGAUACUGCACAAAACACUACAAUACAGGAAAAUUUACUUGUAUCGAGGUUAAGUUUCACCUGGAACGCCAGAUGGGAUAUUAUUUGAUCCAGAUGUACAUCCCCAGUCUCUUGAUAGUCAUUCUGUCCUGGGUCUCCUUUUGGAUAAACAUGGAUGCAGCACCUGCCAGGGUUGCACUGGGCAUCACCACCGUUUUAACGAUGACCACCCAGAGUUCAGGUUCCAGGGCAUCUCUGCCCAAGGUCUCCUAUGUCAAAGCGAUUGACAUCUGGAUGGCAGUGUGCCUUCUGUUCGUGUUUGCUGCCUUACUGGAAUACGCAGCAGUGAACUUUGUCUCCAGGCAACACAAGGAGUUCCUGCGGCUCCGAAGAAGACAGAAGAGGCAGAAUAAGGAAGAAGAUGUUACUCGUGAAAGUCGUUUUAAUUUCAGUGGUUAUGGGAUGGGUCACUGCCUCCAAGUGAAGGAUGGAACAGCUGUCAAGACCACACCUGCCAACCCAAUCCCACAACCCCCAAAAGAUGCAGAUGCCAUCAAGAAGAAGUUUGUGGACCGAGCAAAAAGGAUUGACACGAUAUCUCGAGCUGCCUUCCCAUUGGCCUUCCUCAUUUUCAACAUCUUUUACUGGAUCACAUACAAGAUCAUUCGGCAUGAAGAUGUCCACAAGAAAUAGAUGUGCCAUGCCCUUCAGACCCUGGGACCUUCUUGCCUAAGUGUUGUGCUUGUAAAUACACACAGUGAAAUUGUCUUUAUAUCACUUUGACAGAGGAGAAGAUUGGGGGAGGGGGGAGGGAGG